AUCGCUGCAGAUCCUCUUGAGAGAAGACAUGCCUAAAGUGAAAAGAAGCCGUAAAGCUCCUCCGGAUGGCUGGGAGCUGAUCGAGCCAACCCUGGAUGAGUUAGAUCAGAAGAUGAGAGAAGCUGAGACAGAACCUCAUGAGGGGAAGAGGAAAGUGGAAUCGCUGUGGCCCAUCUUCAGGAUCCACCACCAGAAAACCCGCUACAUCUUUGACCUCUUCUACAAACGGAAAGCCAUCAGCAGAGAACUCUAUGAAUACUGUAUUAAAGAAGGCUACGCAGACAAAAACCUGAUUGCAAAAUGGAAGAAACAAGGCUAUGAGAAUUUAUGCUGCCUGCGGUGCAUCCAGACACGGGACACCAAUUUUGGAACAAAUUGCAUUUGCCGGGUCCCAAAAAGCAAGCUGGAAGUGGGCCGCAUCAUCGAGUGCACGCACUGUGGCUGCCGGGGCUGCUCUGGCUGAGGCCCUUGGACUCACACCCUCCCCUGCCUUGGAUUCUACGGCUUCCUGCCUCUCGAGCAACACACUUGGCUGGGAGCAGCUCUUCUGCCAGAGCAGUGCCCCGCGCCCAGAGUGGA